UCUGGUAAUAUUUAAAGCUGCAUUGAUUUGGGAUACUCUGGAUGGAAAGAACUAGCCUGGGUAUACCCAUGCUCUCAUUCGAGUGAGAUUCUACUUCGCUCAGAAAGUUAGCAUGGCCACCAAGACAAAAUCUUCGCCUGAGAUAGGGAACCAAUCACAGAACGGGGACGCGGGCUCAAGAAGAUGACGACCGCAGAGCGACUCUGUUUACAUCCGGCAUGGCGGCCACGGAGGUGCAGCAACCGUUUGAAGCAGCAAUAGAUUGUGUGCUAAAUAAAUCUGAAGCUACCUUGACGUACGACACACUUCGCUUCGGAGAAUUUGAAGAUUUUCCUGAGACCUCAGACCCUGUGUGGAUCUUAGGAAAAGAAUACAAUGCACUCACAGAGAAAGAUGAGAUUUUAUCAGAUGUCACCUCACGACUGUGGUUCACGUACAGAAAAAACUUCCCUCCGAUCGGGGGAACAGGACCAACAUCAGAUACAGGAUGGGGGUGUAUGUUGCGUUGUGGCCAGAUGAUCCUGGGCGAGGCCUUGAUGUGUCGACAUUUAGGAAGAGACUGGAGAUGGGCCAGAGGCCAGAAACAAAGAGAAGAGUACAUCAGUAUUCUCAACGCCUUCAUUGACAAAAAAGACAGCUAUUAUUCCAUCCAUCAAAUUGCUCAAAUGGGAGUUGGAGAGGGGAAGCCUAUAGGCCAGUGGUAUGGACCAAACACAGUCGCCCAGGUUCUAAAGAAGCUGGCGGUGUUCGACACAUGGAGCAGAUUAGUUGUACACGUGGCGAUGGACAACACCGUUGUCAUCGAGGAGAUCAAGCUUCUUUGUAUGCCUUGGCUGGAUGCUGCGGGGGCCUGUGGUGAGUCAGAGGGAGUGGGGGAGCUCAAUGGCUGCCUGGAGGGUGCGUGUGCCAUGUCUGAGGAAGAGACGGCUUUGUGGAAACCUCUCGUCCUGCUCAUUCCCCUCAGGCUGGGCCUGAGUGAUAUAAAUGAGGCCUACAUCGAAACCCUAAAGCAAUGCUUCAUGCUGCCUCAGUCCCUGGGUGUUAUUGGGGGAAAACCCAACAGUGCCCAUUACUUCAUUGGUUAUGUCGGGGAGGAGCUCAUCUACUUAGACCCGCACACCACGCAGCCCGCGGUGGAGCCGUAUGAAGACAGCCAGGUCCCUGAUGAGACAUACCAUUGUCAGCACCCGCCCUGCCGCAUGCACAUCUGUGAACUGGACCCAUCCAUCGCAGCGGGUUUCUUCUGCAGAACAGAGGACGAGUUUGACGACUGGUGUAUGCGCAUAAGAAGGCUCUCCUGCAACAGAGGGGGCUUGCCUAUGUUUGAACUGGUAGACAGUCAGCCUUCUCACAUGGUCAGCGUGGACGCCCUUAACCUUACUCCUGCUCCCUUUGCAGAUUUCUCCGACUCGGACAGGUUGGAACGGUUCUUCGAUUCGGAAGACGAGGAGUUUGAGAUCCUUUCCUUGUGAGGAAAAUUACGAACAAUGAUUUACUGUUCUCGACAGCGGGCGGAAGCUUCUCUCUCUCUUCUCUGUAUCAGAAGGGAAGCCUGAGGGGAUGAACAUUUCUGGAGAACUCUUGAGCCGGUCCAGCUCCGAUGGGUGUGUAGUUCAGCGUGUGUCACGCAGCGUUCCUUCUCAACAGCCUCUCUGAAUGCUCUCUGUAUCCGACAUUGAGACUGCCUGGUGGAAGCCGUAGCAGGAGCUCAGGAUCAAUUCUGUAUGCACAUCUUCACAUACAUGUGUUUCCAUUUUCAAGUCUUAACACUUUAAAUGUUUAUUCUGAAGUGAUAUGGUGCCUUUCCCUGACUCCAUAAGUUUAAAAAAAAUUGCCAUAACAGUUUUAUGUUGUAUAGACACAUAAUGGUUCAUGAUGCCCAUGGCUUAUGCGGUUUGUCACUAACUGAAAUCUGUAACAGCCUGUAAUGAAACCAAAUUUAGUCAGACGAGUUGUAUUAAUUGCAAAGUAUCCUUGCCAAGUCUAAAACAUAUACACUAGUUCAUUUGAAGAUUAUUUAUUUACUCGACACAAUGUGUAGACAAGUGAAAGAAUAGACAUGUAAAAGGAUGCAAAAAUAAAAAUCAAACUCUGA